UUUUAAAGCAAUGGUGAGGCGAAAGAGGAGAGGAGCGGAAGAGCAGAUGGAGAGCACGAGAUGGACAGCUCUAACCCUUCCCUUGGUCGCACUUCUUCUUUUCGACGACGCUGCGCUCUCCGCACACUCUGCUGCUUACCGAGGCUCCUCGUGCAACGGAGCUGAUAUCAAUAUUUGCGAAGCAAAGGAGGAAAAAAUGGACUUCCACUAUGCGUCGAUAGCGGAAUGGCAAGCAGAGGACGAGUUCUUGCUUGACUCGGAGACGAACCGGCGGUUUUUACAGCAAGGCCGCGGGAUCGGGUACGGAUCGCUGGACCCGGACCGACAGGUCUGCAACGCGGGCCGGGGCCAGCCCUACCGCAAUUGCUUGCCG